CAGGCAAAUGGCAUUUACCGGCUCAGAGCAGGCGGAGACACAGGGGGAGGCAGGCAAGCUGUGAAGCAGGGAAGCAAGUUGGGAGGCACCUCGACCGCAUCUGUCGCUUCACCGUACACCUCGACGACACCUGAGGACUGGACUCAUUAUUUUGACACUUAAUCCCGACGGGAAAUCAAUGAAGGAGAGACGCUCGUGUCAGAAAUCAUCUCUGAAAUCCGGCAUGGAUCCCAGUCAGAGUGUGAAGUGUAAGAUAGUGGUGGUGGGGGACAGCCAGUGCGGUAAGACCGCCCUGCUUCACGUGUUCGCCAAGGACUGUUUCCCUGAGAGCUACGUCCCCACCGUGUUCGAGAACUACACAGCCAGUUUUGAAAUCGACACUCAGAGGAUUGAGCUCAGUUUGUGGGACACCUCAGGAUCUCCGUACUACGACAAUGUAAGGCCCCUCUCCUAUCCAGACUCCGACGCCGUCCUCAUCUGUUUCGACAUCAGCCGCCCUGAAACACUCGACAGCGUGCUGAAAAAGUGGAAAGGGGAGAUCCAGGAGUUCUGUCCCAACACUAAGAUGCUGUUGGUUGGAUGUAAGUCAGACCUGCGCACUGACCUGAGCACACUGGUGGAGCUCUCCAACCACAGACAGACACCAGUCUCCUAUGACCAGGGCUCCAGCAUGGCGAAGCAGAUCUCGGCGCCCUACAUCGAGUGCUCAGCCCAGCAGUCGGAGAACAGCGUCAGAGACAUUUUCCACGUGGCGACGCUGGCAUGCAUCAACAAGAACAACAAAAACGUCAAGCGCAGCAAGGCGGCCCGUGGGAACAAGAGGAUUUCGCACAUGCCCGGAAGGCCCGACCUGGCGGCGGUGGCCUCGGACCUGCGGAAGGACAAAGCCAAAAGUUGCUCAGUCAUGUGACUGAUCAGACUGAGGAGGAUUAGACUGAGAACAAGGACAGAGCACAGUGCAAGCAGGAAGCUACGGGGCAGCGCUCUUUCCUGCAUGUUAAAGACCCCUUAUUUGUCUGGAGAGGGGUUUUAUAAGCUUCAAUUGAUGUACAUGUUACUGGAAUACUCUGCACCAAUGAAAACUCAAUGCGUAGUAGCGUCCCAACCCACGUGGCCCCCCGCCCCACCAGACGAGGAAGCUAUCCGUCAGCGAGCUACCUGCUCGGGGAAGUGACCCCGCUUCCUCCGGGAUGACGGAGCGGACGCGGUCGAGGCUUUCCACGGCAACAGGAAAUGAGCGGGAGGAGUGAUGUCAUUAAGGAGAUGCUCAUUCGUAAAAAAGGAAGGGUGUGAGAACAUGUGAUCUUCUGAAUGGGAGCCAAAGCCGGUGAUGGGGGGUUAGCUGCCUGCGGGGGGAAAAAAAAAAAAAAAGAAAGAGAGAGAGGAGCUGCUGUUGUUUGUGCUGGAUCAAAGACAUUUUGCUCGGAGGGUUAUACAACAACUCGUCAUGGUAGUUGAACUGAUUCACUCUCACCCCGUGCUCCUGUAACUGUUAGUGUGUGUGCAGAGGAGCUUAGAGGAGGAAUUUCUUAGUCCUGCGUGAAGGAAAACUGACGCUGUUUGUCCCCCGCCCCCCCCCCUUGUCUCUGAUAUGUUGUCGGUAUAAUGUGAAGUCGUUGGUGUGUAACUGCAUCAUUUCAUUUUUAGCUUCGUCCCAAUGAGUUUCCACCAUGAUCCCCGAGGAGCCCAGCGACUCCUCCGGUCACGCCCGAGCCGUUGGAGUUUCUAACUGCACCGUUUGUACCGGUCGGACAGCCCGUUUUUAUUUCCCCGCAACAGCUAUAGAUACAUGAUGACUCUCUGAAGACGCAUCAUGCUAACUGCUCUCCGCACAGACGGUUCAUGGAGUCAUGAAUAAAAUGACUCAAAGCUGAUUUCAGCCUGUUGGAUUUGGCCAGCAGUUCCUUCAAUCUGUGCGCCAAACAAAUGCGAUUUGGCCUUUUUUCAGAAAUAAUUCGCACAACACAUUUUAAAAACCCUUAAUGGACUUUUAAUGGGCCCGAAAGCUUUAAUUGACCAACAUUUGACAAAUUCUGAGCAACUGUGUAAAAUGUCCAAACAAGGCUGACAGCCAGUUCUGAGCUAUGAAUCAUUUUUCCACUGCACUUCAGGGAGGGAGUGGAAAUGAGAACAACAAUUAAAGCUUGUUUAUUAGGCUCUGAAAACAUCAGAGCUUUCUGCUUUGCAUUUCCCUGAAGUGUUCAGACCCGGCUGUCUGGCAAAAAUGUUAACAAAUGCCCGGUCACACCAGUAUUUAAAAAUGGCAUACAUUUGCAAUAAAAUCAUUUCCUGUGAAUUUGUGCCAUUGACCGUCAGUUAACGGUCUCAGCAGUGGUGACUUUUGAGGGAACGGAUGAUUAGAAAGUCCGUAAUCGUGGAAUCUAUUAUAGUUAAUUAGCUGUGUUGCACCAUUCCUUUAAUACCAAGUAUUUAGUAUUAACUCCAAAACUGUUUGCAGACAGAAGUUGAUGGUAUAAAGACAUCUUUUAAAUAAACCAUGUGAACUUUGUGUCCUGUUUGCAACCAAGCUAAUGAGCGUGCUAAUUAUCAGCCACUCAGCAGUUACCACAUUCUGUGUGACCGGGCCUUUUUCUUAAAAUUGGAUCAUGUUAUUCCCUCCACGGUCUGUGGGUCUCAUUUAAAAUGUGUGAUGAUGUAACAAAAACUGGGCGUCAGUGUGAAAAGAGACUUUUCCAAAGUGUUUUUUUAAAAGUUGUGGGUUUUUUUCUCUCUAACAACAGUGCAAUUAAUGAGCUGUUCAAAUAUCAAAAGGUAUUGAUGCACUUUUAAUCUAACUUUCCAACUUCCCAAUUAGCUCGCUCGAAAUGCCAGCGCUGUCACAUUAGGCGGCUCAGUGGCCCCAACUCUUAUCUUCACUCUUCUAAUCUGUCGUCUCUCCCCCAUGUACAUUAUCAUGUUUUUUCUUGAAUGUUGAUGUCACCUUCAGAUGUCUUUGCCGAUGUUGUUGCCGCAAUAUUUAUUGAAUUAUAUAUUUUCCCUUUAGAAUAAAUGCAAAUGGAAUUGAA